UAUGUCUCUGUCGCGGGAGGGGGCAUCCAACCUUGAUCCAGCUGUCUGCGCAUCGCAAGGGCGAACGCGCCGACCCACUUCCUGGUGCACAAGCCAGCAGAACUAGCCACAUAGCCACACAAACCAAGCCACAUUUUCCGCCAAGCAUCGAGCUUCCCACGCAAAAAUCCCAGCAUCUGGGGUGGUUAUUUGAAGGCUAGGUAUACAGAGAUCCCCCCACGAGCUCCCCCGACACCUCGCAGCCCAUUGGCUGCUUCCAGUCUUUCCAAGGCCCAUACGGAGUCUUUUCAAUGUCCCGGCUUUGACUCCGGAUCUCGACCUGCUUUCGCCUUGCGAACAACCCCCCGAGCUCCCCGCGGAGCCCUAUCCAGGACACAUCUAUACCAUACCUAAUGUUGCGAUCGCAAUUUCGGCCUUUGGCCGCCGGUGUGUCCGCCUUCUGCCAGAGCAGCCUCCGACUGGCUGCCCUGAGGGGAUAUGCGACCCAAGUAAGGAGCAACCACGACAGCGAUGCUUCGACAGCCCUCUCCGGUGCUGGCGCGCAAGCCGAUUACGAGCCUGUAAAGAUGAGAACAUACAAGCCAAGGACACCCGGUCUUCGUCAUCUCAAACGUCCGAUCAACGAUCAUCUCUGGAAGGGGAGGCCGUAUUUGCCUCUGACCUUCCCCAAGAAGGGGCACGGCAAAGGCGGUAGAAAUAACCAGGGUGUUAUCACAGUUAGACAUCGUGGAGGUGGUCAUAAGCGGAGGAUUCGUACUGUCGAUUUUGAGAGAUGGGCACCUGGGCCACACCUUGUUGAGCGCAUUGAAUACGACCCCGGCCGGAGUGCGCACAUUGCCCUGCUGACACGCAAGGCAAACGGCAAGAAGACCUACAUUGUGGCGGCGGAGGGCAUGAGGGCUGGAGACGUCGUUCACAGCUACCGGCAGGGCAUCCCCAAGGACCUCCUCGACAGCAUGGGUGGUGUUAUCGAUCCAGGUGUGUUAGCUUCCAAAACGGCGUGGAGGGGCAAUUGCUUGCCAAUGCACAUGAUUCCUGUUGGAACCAAUGUCUUCAAUGUUGGCUCCCAGGCGAAGGGUGGUGCUGUGUUCUGCCGCAGCGCCGGCACCUAUGCCACAGUCAUCUCGAAGGAGGAAGAGACUCGCGAAGACGGCAGCAAGGUCGUGACGGGUAGAUUCGUUGUUGUCCGGUUACAAAGUGGUGAAAUUCGCAGGGUCAGCAAGGAUGCUUGCGCUACGAUUGGUGUUGCUAGCAACGUGAUGCAUCACUACAGACAGCUGGGCAAGGCCGGAAGAAAACGUUGGCUGAAUAUCAGGCCGACAGUUCGUGGUUUGGCCAUGAACGCAUUCGAACAUCCCCACGGUGGCGGUCGUGGUAAGUCGAAGGGUAACAGAAUUCCCACAAGUCCCUGGGGUACACCAUCCAAGGGUGGUUUCAAGACCCGCCGGAAGAGCAACAUCAACAAAUGGGUGGUCACUCCCCGUGUCCGGAACAUGGGCAAGCGGAGAGACAAGAAGACUGCCUAAUCCCUCGCCGCGAAACGGCUCUUGUACAUUAUGU